AUGUCCACAGCAGACGCUUUGAUCGCAGUGGCCAGCACGAUCUUGUCUCGUGCAGAAGGCUUGCUGAAGGUUGAAAUCAACAAAAAGGGCAGAAAGUUUAAGUACAUUAAUGAUGCGUUCCAGAGAGUUCAAGAAGAAGACAAGCACUUGAUCAUACACCCACUGGACUUGGAAGAAGGGCUUUCGACGAUUCUGGCGUAUGUAAUUCUUCAGAGCAUUGACGAGCUGCUUUUUGAAAAGUUUCCUGACGUUUGCUUGACGGUGGUAGGUGCAGCUGGACAGAUCGAAAAGAACGGCUGGUACGAGGAAGAACACUCUUCGGUGAUUCCAUAUAAACAGCUGAAGUUUACGUAUACUGCAGAGCUCAGGAAGGAGGCCAUGGAGUUUGCUAAGCUGGUUACAGAGAAGCAUUUGCAUCAGGCCCAGGUUCUUUUAUACUGUGCUAAGCUUAGCUUUCUUCAUACGGACCAUCAUAUUGGCAAUAAGCUAGAUGAUCCGUAUUCCAGAGAGUACGUGGAGGAGUUCUUUGGCGAAGACGCUGUGCAGCUGGCAGAGGUGAUUCUGGCGCUUAAGUCGUUUGUGCAUUGGGCCAAUAUCAAGGGCAUUCUUUGGAAACUCAAGGUUCCGAACUUGGACAUUGACGAAGCCUUGAAGAAGAAGUUUUCCAGUUACCCUGACCCUCCCGCCGAUUUGCUUGAAGUGGUGAACAAACGGUACCCCAGUGGAACAUCCAAGUACUCGCUUAUCAGGAAACUGCUUGAUAUAUUGGCAGAUUACACUUACUCCAAGUUGAUUCCAUUCCCUGAAGGCCCCGAGUACGAUUUACACUGGAUCUUUGAUCUAUGUCACAAGAUCGAGUCCGAUCCAAUCAAGUACCAUUUACGUGCAUCGCUGAAACGGUUAUGCUCCAACCCAGUGAACCUAAACGACUUAUCCAAGGACCACAAGUCGCAAGUACAGACGUUACUCUCGGUAGUAAGUCUUGUGCUUAACGUUUUCCGAGUAGAAGAAGGCGAGGCGCUUCUACUGAAUUCCAAGAUCCCCCAGUUCUGCGACGAGUUGAUCGACGAGUACGAAGACUACUACCAGAAGCUCGUGGACGUUUUGACCAAGAUCGACGAGUACAUUGAAAAAGGCUGGGGCCCAGACGACAUUGUGUUGAGAUUAUACAACAGCAACACCAGAAACAUUCACGAUGAAGUGAACCGCAUGAGAGACGCCUUUGCCGAGGACUACGAGUAA